AGAAGAAGAAGAAGAAGAACAGUCACGUGACGGUCAACUAUGGCUUCCCUCUCGUAGUGAUGGAGGCGCAUCGUUGACAACAAAACAAAACUGUAACUUUAUUCAUUUAUUUGUCCACUAACACAAGUUGGAUUUACGAUGCAGAAAAUCAAGUCUCUUAUGGCCCGGCAGGGCCUGAAAAGUCCACAGGAAAGCAUGGCAGACCUCAGUCCUGUGGAGAACCUGAGAAUCCCGAGCAAGGAGGAGUUGCGGGAGCUAAGGGAGCAGCCCAUCGACCCCCAGGCUGAGCAGGAGAUCAUCGACAGCAUCGAGGAGGUCUACUUCUCUAACGACUCCUUCGACAUGGUGCAGCACGAACUGGAGAAACUACCAUCUGAGCUGAACCUGCAGGAGCUGGAGGAGUACAGAGACAAGCUGAAAAGACAACAGGCAGCAGUUUCUAAAAAGGUCGCCGAUCUCAUUCUGGAGAAACAGCCCGCUUAUGUCAAGGAACUGGAGCGAGUGACAGCGUUACAGACCAACCUGCAGCUGGCAGCGGUUAUUUGCACUAAUGCAAGGAGGCAACUGAGCGUGGCAAAGGAGGGAUUCACAGAAGCCAGUUUGGGUCUGUUAGCCAAUCAGAAGAGACGACAACUGCUGACAGGCCUGCUUAAGUCACUCAGGACCAUCAAGACGCUGCAAAGAACAGAUGUAAGACUCAGCGAGAUGCUAGAGGAGGAAGACUAUCCAGGUGCAAUCCAGCUCUGUCUGGAAUGUCAAAAGGCUGCCAGCACCUUUAAACACUACAGCUGCAUCAGUGAAUUGAAUUCCAAACUACAAGACACUCUGGAGCAAAUAGAGGAGCAGCUUGAUGUCGCCCUGUCAAAGACUUGUAAGCACUUUGAUGUUUCCUACUACACCAAGGUCCAGCUUGCCUACACGCUCCUGGGCAAGACACAGACUGCUAUGGACCAGCUGCACAUGCACUUCACCCAGGCCAUCCACAACACGGUGUUCCAAGUGGUGCUGGGAUAUGUGGAGCUAUGUGCCGGAAACGCUGAUACCAAAUUCCAGAAGAUGCAGUACAAGGACCUGUGCACGCAUAUCACCCCGGACAGCUACAUUCCCUGCCUGACAGAUCUAUGCAAGGCAUUGUGGGAGGUGAUGCUGAGCUACCACCGCACCAUGCAGUGGCACGAAGAGCACGACAAACAGGAGACCACUUCAACUGCAGGUGAAGUAGCGGCAGCAGAGUCUGAUGAGUCGGUGGUGGACCGCAGCUAUGUAAAGAAGAAGCUAGAGCAUGGGCUGACACGGAUCUGGCAGGACGUCCAGUUGAAAGUAAAGGCCUACAUCCUGGGGACAGACAUGUCUCACUUCAAAUAUGAUGAUUUCAUCGUGGUACUUGAUGUCAUCAGCAGGUUGAUGCAGGUGGGUGAGGAGUUCUGCGGCAGUAAGUCAGAGGUCCUGCAGGAGUCUAUCAAACGCCAGAGUGUCAACUACUUUAAAAACUAUCACAGGGCACGACUGGAAGAGCUGAGGAUGUUUCUGGAAAAUGAGACAUGGGAACUUUGCCCGGUUAAGUCUAACUUCAACAUCUCCCAGCUCCAUGAGUUUAAAUUCAUGGGCCAGUGUCGUUCUCCGUCCGUUUCCCCGAGCAAACAGGUUGUGUCCUCGACCAGCCCGGCUCAGGAGGAGCUUUCUUUGUUCCAGCAGUACCUUCAAGAAGGAAACCCCUUUGAGAUGCAGGCUGAGCGCAAAGAGGAGGAGACAGAGGAUGUGCUGGCAUCUAAUGGGUACGAGUCAGAUGAGCUGGAGAAGAGCGUGUAUCAAGAUUACGACAGCGACAGUGAUGUCGCUGAGGAGCUCAAACAGGACUACGUUGAUGAGCAGACGGGUGAUGUUCCACUCAAGAGUGCAUCCCGAGAGACCAUAAGAAGCAAGAAAAAGUCUGACUACAACCUCAAUAAGACCAAUGCACCGAUUCUCACCAACACCACCCUCAACCUCAUUCGGCUUGUUGGGAAGUAUAUGCAGAUGAUGAACAUUCUGAAGCCGAUCGCCUUCGAUGUCAUCCACUGUGUGUCACAGCUCUUUGACUACUACCUGUAUGCUGUAUACACCUUCUUUGGACGCAAUGACAUGUAUGAGUCAUCGGGCCUGGGCCUUAUCAGCAGCAGACUGAGAACUACACUGAACCGGAUCCAGGAGAGCCUCAUUGACAUGGAGGCAGUGGGGGAAAAUGCUGGAGUCCACGGCACAGCAGAGGACAAAAAGGAGAAGGUGCCCAGCCCCCAUCUCAGUCAAAUGGUGGUCCUCACUAACAGUGGGACUCUUUAUGGGCUAGCACAGAGGGUGGUGGCCACUGAGUCUCUUGUGUUUCUGGCGGAACAGUUUGAAUCCCUCCAGUCCCACCUGGACACAAUGAUGCCUGCAGCCAAGAAGCCCUUCCUGCAACAGUUUUAUUCCCAGACGGUGUCAACCACCAGUGAACUUCGGAAACCAAUAUACUGGAUUGUUGCGGCCAAGGCCAUCGACUACGAGCAAAUGUUGCUCCUAAUGGCCGGAGUCAAAUGGGACAUUAGGGAGAUAAUGUCACAGCAUAAUGUAUAUGUGGACGUCCUGUUAAAGGAGUUUGAGCAAUUCAACAAGCUGCUGGAGGAAGUUUCCAGACAUGUGCGCAUCCCGCUGCCUGUGUCCAACGUCCUGUGGGAGCACUGCAUCCGCCUAGCCAACAGGACUCUAGUAGAAGGCUAUGCUAAUGUGAAGAAAUGCAGCAACGAGGGCCGGGCCCUGAUGCAGCUGGACUUUCAACAGUUCCUUAUGAAGCUGGAGAAGCUGACCGACCUGCGACCCAUCCCCGAUAAAGAGUUUGUUGAGACCUACAUCAAGGCCUACUACCUGACGGAGAAUGACAUGGAGCAGUUCAUCAAGAACCACAGGGAGUACUCCAUGAAGCAGCUAGCCAACUUGGUGAACGUUUGUCUGGGUUCACAUAUAAACAAGAAGGCUCGUCAGAAACUCCUGGCGGCCAUAGAUGACAUUGACAGACCCAAGAGAUAGGUUGAUGAAUGGAGCGGUCCCUGAACGCAUCAACCAGCCCCACAGAGAUGGACACUCCAACAGAAGAACUCCCACUCUGGAGCUCAGCAUAGAAUGUCUUCAUUUUCAGUUUAGAGCGUACAUGAUGUGAUGUGUUUAACGAGCUAUACAGCAAAUACAGAAAUAGAGCUAGUGUAAACAGCAAUUUCAAAGCUAGCCAAAUGCUACGUAUCUGUUAAUGUAUGUGGUCAAAAACACGUCAUUCAUGAUAUUCUGAUUAACAUAACUACUAACCCUUGCACUCUCAAGCAUGCUGCAGUUACUCUAUGCUUACAGCAGAUGUACCAUAAUGCAUGCCCUGACAUUUUCAUUUAACAAACAUGCCGCUUAUGAAGUUAUUCUGCAAAUUGUCUGCAACAACAACAAUUUCAGUCCCUUUAAUGUUCAUAAUGAUGAGUUUCAGAUAAACCACUACAGCUAUCUUAACAAUGUAAUGUGAAGUGUAUCUUGACCAUGUGGCUGUUUGUGGCAUUCCAUCAGUUUUCACCAAAUGGGCUGUGAAAUCUGAUACAACGCCGAAGCUAUCCAGCCCAUUUGUUCGCAGUAUGUUAUUUCACUUCUGGGUCUUUGUUGUGCCUAAUUGGAUGCUCUGCUUCUUUGUUCUGUUUGUUUUGUCUAUGAAUUACAUAAAUCUAAUAUAAUGAUGAUUCUGAAAAUGAUAUAAAUUGCUGUAGUUAGCAUUAACAUAGAGUAUAUCUGCACUAGCAGUAUUUGUUUGUUUGCCAUUUGUCAUAUCUGCGGAGGAGUUUUUAAAGCCUUUGUGAAAGACCUUAUUUUGGAGUUCAGUCUCAGGCGUUGUUAAUGAGCAGUGAGAUCUGUUUUGUAGGUUUGUGCAGUCAUGUACUGAUUAUGUGAUUUGUGAUUGUCAAAAGAGCUUUCCUCCAAAGUUUUAAGGCUCCCCCUCUUCAGUCCUUUCUAUUAGUUUACCUUGACAAGACCUGCCGAGAGCGCGGAUUGAUUUACUGUCAAAAGGGGGGCGGGGUUACACUUUUUGAUAUAGCAUUACAUUUUGUGUGUAACUAUUCCAAGAAGAAUGCUGUGAAUGUUUUAAAUGAUGUCUGUAUUUAUUUCAUGCUUUAUGUCUUGUUUGGGUUUUUAUAUGAUAAUUGCUGAAAGUGGGCUUAUCAUUGAUCACCUCUCAGUAUCUUGUAACUUAACAACUGAAGCAAAUACAAAUAUUUAAGCAU